UGCCCUUCAAGUUCCAAGGCCUAUCCAAACGGCUAAAACCCUGACUCACCCUUAGUCUUAGCUGGAAAAACCCCAUAAAACACCUCUCCUGGAGGAGCUGAUCGAUUAUCAAUCCUGAGUCAUCAUCAUCAUGGGAACGCUGGGAAGAGCAGUGUAUACAGUUGGGUUUUGGAUCAGAGAGACGGGUCAAGCACUCGAUCGCCUUGGCUGCCUUCUCCAAGGAAAUUAUUAUUUCCAAGAACAAUUGUCUAGACACCGUACAUUGAUGAACAUAUUCGAUAAAGCUCCUCUGGUUGAUAAGGAAGCCUUUGUAGCCCCAAGUGCCUCCAUCAUUGGGGAUGUUCAAGUGGGAAGAGGGUCAUCUAUUUGGUAUGGAUGUGUUCUGAGAGGAGAUGUUAACGGCAUCACUGUUGGGUCUGGAACUAAUAUACAGGAUAACUCCCUUGUUCAUGUGGCAAAAUCCAAUCUAAGCGGGAAAGUGCUUCCUACCAUCAUUGGAGAUAAUGUAACUAUUGGUCAUAGUGCUGUUUUACAUGGCUGUACUGUUGAGGAUGAGGCUUUUGUUGGUAUGGGAGCUGCGCUUCUUGAUGGAGCAGUCUUGGAGAAGCAUGCCAUGGUUGCUGCGGGUGCCCUUGUGAGGCAAAACAUGAGGAUCCCCAGUGGACAGGUCUGGGGAGGUAAUCCGGCCAAGUUCCUCAGAAAGCUCAGUGAUGAAGAGAUAGCCUUUAUAUCCCAAUCUGCAACCAAUUACUGCAACCUAGCACAGGUCCAUGCUGCUGAAAAUGCAAAAUCCUUUGAUGAGAUUGAAUUUGAGAAAGUUCUUCGCAAGAAGUAUUCUCGCCGUGACGAGGAGUAUGAUUCAAUGCUAGGAGUUAUUCGUGAAACUCCACCAGAACUCGUUCUUCCAGAUAACAUCUUACCAGAUAAACCACAAAAGGGCACCCAGUAAGAUCUUUUUUUUAGUUUGAUAUUAUGUUUACACCUAUUCGCUUGACCCUCGAGGCUUCAUGGUCAGUAGAAGCUAUCCUCUGCAAAUAUCUAAUCCGGAAAUGGUCGGUCACCUCCUUCCAGAAUAACACUACAGACUUCUUUAAGGGUAGAUUCAUGCAUCACGACACUUGCAUCUGAACUUCUGGCUCAGCUAGCUAAUCUUUAUCUCCGGAGAUGCUUUUUUCCUCUCCGGAGAGAAACCAAUGUUGCGGAGCAAUAUGCACGAAUAGCCGCCCUUUGUUGGCUGAUACCCUUUAUUUUACGCAACGUCUAACGUUCUCUUGUUUUCCUUAUUCUUGAAUAUCCUGUAGAGCUAACGUCCCAAUCUUGAGCGACCAAUCUGAUCCUUUUUAAGUUCUGGAGAAGUUUAUCAGACAGUGUGGAUCAGUUAUACUUCGAAAUUACUACUAUCUCUUUUGCUGUAUGUCAAACUGUUUGAUUAGUUCCAGCUCAAA